CACGGAGUACAGAUGUGGGAUGAAACACGAGAAUAGUGCGGGUCUUGAUUGAUAAUAGAAAAGGGAACUCAAAAGUUUCCAGUCACAUAAAUCCGAUUCAAAAAUUAUUCUGAAAAUUAUCCGGAAAGGGGUAAACAAUAAACCGGAAGUUGAGGGUUCCAAAAAUUGGAUCUGGAGUCAGGCACGAGGUCCGUUAAUCGCGAGUGAUUCGUUGGGAGUGAAGAAUAGAGGGGUAGUUCCCCAGGGAAAUCCUUAGUGCGCGCGCGUUCGAUCCCUGAAAAGGUCGCGACGCCCGAGUCGAACUCAAGCGUCCCUGACAAAGGGAAACGACUUUCCCCUUUAGAAUACUAUUUUCUCCCAUUCAGAAAAAAGUGGCUUCUUAAUUUUUGCUCUAGGGCGGAAAAUCCCUUGGAGGUGUUUUGGGGCGGAAGUUGCACUCCUGAGUGUAUUUCGUCGAUUUUUGUUUGAAUUUUGUGUUGGUGCGGGAAGUUGGGUUUAUUUUUUUGAAGUGACGGAUCGACCGUGACUAUGAGAGGAUGAGUUGCACAGUGAAGAUCUCGAGCGCCAAGACCUGGAGCGGAUCGCAAAGGAAGAUAAAUUCGGUCGCGGAGGAGACGACGGUGUGUCCCCUAUCAGGAAAUGUGGGUGGAUCUCCUCAAGGACAAAAGACGGUUUCUCCGAGGCCGGUCAAGUCCAUCGCAGUGAAAAAAGGCGAGGACACGACGAAACUCCUCAAAUAUAUUGAUGAGAAUGUCAUUGGCAAGAAUGGAACCUUUUUCGGACCAUUCGGACGCAGGAAAGUUGUUUACUGCGACUACACCGCCUCUGGAAGGUCACUGCAAUUUCUGGAGGAGUAUAUCACAAAAGAGGUCCUUCCUUGUUUGGGAGACACUCGAACUUCAACUUCGAUAUGUAGUUUGCAGUCCUCACUUUUUAGGCACGAGGCCAGAGACAUAGUCAGACAUGCGGUCGGGGCGGGCGAUCAGGAUGCCGUCCUCUUCACGGGUCAAGGUACUGUAGGUGCAUUACGCACACUUUUACGCCAUCUUGAUCUCACGACGCCUACUAUCGUCUUUGUCGGGCCUUUUGAACACCAUGGCAAUCUGAGGCCCUGGAGGGAGUAUGGAGUUAAGAUUAUUCGAAUAAAAGAGACACGAGAAGGCUUUCUGGAUCUCAAUGAUCUGGAGGGGAAGUUGGAAGCUGAACGGGCUGAAAACUCAAAUUUGAGAAUGGUCGGCUACUUUAGUGCAGCCAGUUGUAUAACAGGUGUCCUUGCUGAUGACGUUGCAACAACUAUGCUUCUUCGGCAGUAUGGAGCUCUCGGCAUAUGGGACUACACCUCAGGCGCCCCGUACCUUCGAAUGGAAAUGAACCCCCAUCUCCCCGGAGUUGGUGAAACAUCGGUGCAUAAGGAUGCGAUUAUCUUUGCUGGUCAUAAAUUUAUUGGGGGUGUGCAGUCACCCGGAGUCUUAGUGGCCAAGCGAUCUCUCCUGAGGGAAGAAUUCGAGCCGGAGGACAUGCGAGAUUCUCACAGAUAUCUUCGAGAUCCGGAACUUCGUGAAGAAAGUGGAACUGCUGGGGUCGUUGAAGCCAUUCGUUGUGGACUUGCUAUGCAACUCAAGGAGAAUGUUACACCUCAAGCUAUCGCUGCUCGACAGGAUAAGAUCUCAAGACAAGUUUUGGCACACGUGAGGACAAUCCCGGAGCUGAUUUUACUAGGAAGUACGUCACAGAACGUGAAGAGGUUGCCGAUAUUUUCAUUCAUGGUUAGGCAUCCACGUGGCACGUUUCUUCACCACAAUUUCGUCUGCGCCGUACUGAACGACGUAUUUGGAGUACAAGCACGUGGGGGCUGUGCCUGCGCGGGUCGAUAUGCCCACGACCUCAUGGGAAUUGACGAGAAUUUGGCCAAGGAAUAUGAAAUUGUACUUCAAGAAAGUGGACGUGAUGAAGUAAAAGAAGAUUGUAACGCAGAAGCCCUUCGACCAGGAUUUGCCAGAAUAUCUUUUCCGUAUUUCAUGUCCGAAGCCGAGGUAGCGUUUAUCCUUGAGGCUUUGAAAAUGGUCGCCACUGAAGGUUGGAAGCUUUUGCCACAAUAUGUUCUUAACCCAGACACUGGAGAAUGGAGACAUCAUACAAAUAGUGUUUUCAAAGAACGGAAAUGGCUCGGAGCCAUAAGAUAUACUGAUGGUAAAAUGAAUUCCACAGAAAGGAGGGUUUCAGGUCCUGGAGUUUUUCCUCAGAGCUACAGUGACUGCUUACAGACUGCCAGAAAUAUCUUCAACAAAGCGAGAAAAAUGGCUCAGAGGUAUCCACUUCAGAUUGAUCACACUGUCUCCUUUGAUGACAAAGCUGAAAGUCUCCGAUGGUUCAUUUUGCCCAACGAGGCUCAGGAUCUUCUCCUAGGAAAUUCACAGAAUGUGAAACAACACGUACCUUUUGAUCCAGCAGCCUACAAACUCGGUGGGUAUGGAUUCUUCGACAUCUCAGCGAACAGUUCGCCAACGACCUCAUACAACUCAAGUCUUUUCGCAAUUAGAAGACUGAACAGUGAUGUGCCAAGAUCAGGAAAUGCACCAGUUUCUCCAAUUUCACCAAGGCACCGCAGUCUUCCAGCUUUGCCAAGUCCACCUGACGUGAGGAGUGGAAAAUACAGAAUCAGGAUCCACGAUAUGGAGGAUGAUGAUGUGUUAACUUCAGCCCACAAUGGUCAAAGAUCACCUGCAACAUGUCCAGGAUCUCCAAUGCCAAGUGUCAGAUUUGCUGUUGGGGAAGCUGUCACAACGGCAGCAGCUGGAAUCUUAGGAGCAACUCCUACAGUUGCUAGACUAAUUGCCAGUGAGCAGAAUUUAAGUCCUGGUGGGGAAGCCUUUCUUGGCCGAACCAGAUGCAAUUCUUUGGGAAGCAGCAGCUGUCCUAGAAGUGCAACUGGAGGCACAUCUCCAGUUCCAAUUCCUCUAAGUCCACAAACUCUCGCGAGUUUAGGUAUUGCUACCAACACUUCCCAGUCUAGAUUUCGUCAUUGCAGUUGCAGCAGCCAAACUGACUUGAAUGGUUCUUUGGAUUUGGAUGCUGCAGUAUCUCCAAAUAGGUCUUCAUCUUCCCUUGGGCAUGUUCCAAUUUCAUCUUGUUCAUCAUCAUUUGAUUCUGGAGUCACAGCCAGCAGACUUGGUAGGUCUUCACCCGUUCCUUCAAACAUGAGCCAAAGUUCGGAGGACGAUCUUCGAGCCUACCUUAAAGAAGUUACAAAGGAACUAGCGACUGAGAUCAAAUCAGAAAUUAGAGAAGUUAUCUCUAAGGUUGAUGAUGUUCUCUCGGAGACCAAUACUUGCGAAACUACUCCUCAACAUCAGUCCAGGCAUCAGCAGCAUCAACAGCCACAUCAUGACUCAUUCUCCGCUAGUGAUAUUGCUGAGUAUCUCAUGGAAUUUUCGAAGGAGAUGGCAAGCGAAGUCAAAUCUGAGAUUAGAUGCAUGGUCAACUCUGUGGAUGGACUUCACAGGUAUUCACCAGACGACAGAUCUUCUUCCGGAUGUGCCUCACCAGCCGAAAGGAGGCGAAUCGUCCUUUCAACUGCCAUUCGUCCAAGAACACCAGUUUUAUCCGGAAAACUUUGCGAACUUAGCCAACAUGACAGCAAAAUGUCGAGCGAAUGUUCUUCCGACGAAACUGUGAUUUACGUUGUAAAAUCUAGCCCUGGAGAAGCAGAGAAAAAUACUGACGAAGAUGACAUUGAUGACGAGGAGGAGCAGGAAGAGCAUAACGAAAAAGCGAAAGCCUUACCCAAGAUCUACUCUGCCGUUAAUUCUGUCAGUUCUCAAGACAGUGGUAUCAAUCUAUCCUUCCACGAAAGCGACAAAAAUGGCGAUUCUGCCGAACUUGGAAGAAGCAGCAGUGCUGACUCCAACUCCAAUGGCUAUUCUAGAAGAACUCGUUUAUCUGUCAUUCCUGGAGUGAACUACACAAAACAGCCACGGCCCACAACUGAUGAUCUCUCCGAGGACGAGGAGGCUUUUUUACUUUCGGAAAGCUCAGGACAAGAGGGAGAAGAUGAUUCCAAAACUGACACUGCUAUAAGUUCGACUCAAAGUUUAUGGCACUGUCCACCAAAAAAUGUUUGGAAACCUCUGGUUGAAGCGAUGCAGGAAUUUCAAAUGAUCAAGGACAAUGACAGGGUUCUGGUUUGUCUUGCCCUUGGAGGAAGGAAUUCCUUAUCACUUCUUCACACUCUUCAUCAGUAUCGAUUUUACGUCAGGUCGAAAGGAAUCGAUUUCGGAAUUGGUGUGGCUACAGUUGAUGACAGUGCUCAUCACGAUCCUCUGGAUUCGAUGUCUUAUCUCAAGUCUUUGGAUGUACCCUAUUUUUAUGAGGAAAUGGUUCCGAAUGCUAGUCAUGAAGAGGAGGAAGAUCCUGCUUUGCGUUCAUCAAGCAGUGGCUCUUGCAGUUUUUGUGACAGAUCAACCAGGGCGAGACUUUAUUCGGUGGCCAAGAAACACAAUUAUAAUGUCCUGGCUCUUGGACAGAAUUUGGAUGAUCUAACAGAGGGAUUUCUUGCUUCAGUCUUCCAUAGUGGCAAACUCAGAACAAUGAAGGCUCAUUAUUAUAUUCGGGGACAGAACCUCAGAGUCAUCAGACCAUUUGUCUAUGUCAGAGAAAAGGCGCUGAGGCAGUUUGCGGAGAGCAAAAAACUUCCAGUUUUUCAGGAGACAUCGCCGAGCAAUGAUGAAUCUAUUCAGAAACGACAAAGAAACGAGGAGUUGAUCGCUCGACAUGAGCAGGCUUAUCCAAGACUCUAUUGGUCCCUUCGAUGUGCACUGAGACCUUUGAUAGCAGCUCGAGCGCAAAGCGGCGAUAAUCAGCAACAACCGAAUCAGCAACAAAAGCGCCAACAGUUUAGAAGACCGAGGACGAAUUCCUUCAACUCCUCACCUGUAGUGAACGCCUCGAGAAGAACUGACGAUAGCGAGGAAACUGACGAGGAACCAGUUUUCUGAAAAGAUAACUAAUUCUCUUAGAGAAUCGAAUUUUCUGAUUGACAAUACUUACCUCAUUAAAAAAACUGAUGCGAGGCACGCACAAACGCUCUCUCGAUACUCGCUUCUCGCAUUUGAACUCGCCCUCGCUACAUUCCGCUCGUUUGAGUCAAAGCGAAGCCAUCAUAAAUUUUAGAAGUACUUAAUUCUUUCAUUAUUAAUUCAUUGAUCAUAAUUCAUAGAUCAUUUUUGCGACUGACUGAGUAAAAAUUCGACCAGUGUCUUCUACAUUUAAAUUAGUAAAACAAAUUGUGAUAAACUCGUACUCUGAAGUGAUAUUAAUUUUUGUUUAUUCGAAGCGGUUUUUAUAAUUUUGUAAUUGAUCAAUCAUAUGCUAAGGGUCGAGAUACUUUUGUUGAAUUAACUAAUUGGCAAAGUUGAUGAUAUUAUGGCUGCUGGCAUCAUGGACGAUGUUUCUGGACAUCAUGGAUCUUCACCAAGAUCAGGUCCUUUUUCGUCGGCGAUCAAAAUGUGAAUUCUCAUUCCAUUGAUUCAUCUUUUACUGUCGGUACUUAUGGAUUCGUAAAAGACUAAAAUAGACAGACUGCGAAACUUGAGGGAUCAGCUCACUGAGGUGACAUGCUGGUUGGAGUGCGACAGGGAGUGUCGAUUGUAGCAAAAAAAAAACUCAUCAAAGUCGAACGAAUCCGAAUUUAAAUCGGAGGAUACUUUAUUGAAUACUAAUUACGUCUGAGAACGAGAUUUUCUCGCGACCAAUGAAACUAAACAAUGUCACAAACUAUGCGUUCUCUACACUGCCGAUUUUACGGUAGAAAACACUUUUUUCGUAUAGUUUCGAUGCAAGUGAUCUUUUUUUUUCAAGGUAAGUUCCAUGAUGCGUAUUCGGUUAGCUCUUUCUAGCGAAUUGAAUAUUUUUAUACUGUUACAAGAUCAACUGGACUCUUUUUGAAAUGUUAUCAAAGGAUGAUUUGAGACGAACUUCUGAAUCGGUGCUUUUAUUGGGAAAAGACAAAUUUUGUAUAUAUUUAAAUGAGCUAUUGUUGAUCCAAUGGCACCACCGAUUUUUAAUUUCAGCCCCAUCAGGUAUGUUUGUAACGUAUGAUACCAAUUUUUAUAUUUCUCUACAUUACACUCUCAUGACUUUCGCUCGGAGUCCACACUAAAUUUUUUAUAAGUUUCGGAUGGAAAUUUAUAACCUGGAAGUAUCUAAAAGUGACGGAAGAACAUAAAAUGAAAACUUGUGAAUAGGUGAAACCAGAAUAGACACCAAAAUUGUACAAGUCCAGUCACAAUCGACUUUACUUUCCUACGGUCAAGGAAAGUAUCGUUUAUUCUGCUGGAUUGGAGAUAGCAAAUUUUGCUCAGAACUCCGUGUAAUUAGGAAAUAACUGUAGUUUAUAGAGCUACUAGUUUUAUGGAAAAAAUUCCCAUCAAUGUUGCAUGUCUGUUGAAAAUAUGAAAAGUCGUAGACAUUGGAGAUAUUCUUAUCCAUCAGACUGUUGAACAGUCUUGUUAAACGAUACGUUUUGAAAUGUUUCAUUAUCAUGAAAACGGUCUUGACAACGAAUCUGAAAGAAGUCUAAGGAUGCUCUGAAACAGUCAGCGGAAAAGGUUUCUUUAACGACAAAUAUUUUUUGGAACUGAAAGUUGUAAUUCUUCCGCAUCCAAAGAUUUUGUAAACUAAUUAAAAGUAUAAAACGAAAGAUAUUGUGAGAUUAAAGAUGACCUUUUUCGGGGUGUUUUCCUAGAGUUUGUCAACAAACGCUUAUCAGAGACUUGGAUGACACAAAUAUGUAAAUAAGUAGCGUUUGCGGUAUCUUGUACGCGUGACAUAGUAGGUGUAGAUUUAAAGAUUUCGGAUUUUGUAAAGAAAAGCGAAUCUGCGAUACUCUUCUCUUUUUUGUAAGGUAUUCAGUCCAAAGUGAGACUAUUUUUCACGGGAAAUGUACUCGAUACUGCAAACACUUUCGGUAGAAACCCACAAAUCAAAUAACGCUCUUGUAUCCUUUAGAAAAUACAUUGCACGCAGAAUCAGCUUAUAUCGAUUUCCGUUUAGUCUAAGCGAAUGAGUCCUGAAACUCUGUACUACUAAUUAAUCUUAAAGUUUACUGAAGCCUUCUAAGUGAUGGAUUAAGUGUCAGGUUACAGCUUCACUCUGGAUCGAGUAUUAAACUUGGGAAAAUUGACAAUGAUAAUCAAAUAAUGAUAAGAUAUUGUUGUCCCAGCUGAAAAUUUUUCUAGAAGAACAUCGGAGGAUCUUGGUCAUGUUCCUGCAUACGAACCUGCAUAUGGAAUCUUGACAGUUUUUGUGCAGGGAUUUGGCGGAAAGAUUACACAGUAAAAAAAAAAGGAUCAAUUUUGUUUCAGAGCAUUUUGCUCCAACGAUCAUUUGACUCUCGAGAUCAUAAUGAUCUGUCCAUUUAGAUCAAUUGAAUCUUAUUUUUUGGUUCAUUUUUCAGACUAAAAAAAAUGGCCGCCAGCUCUCAGUGCCAGUUUCAUAACAACAUAACCUAAAAAUUGUAUCUAACGGAACGUAAGUGACAACUACAGUUAACAGGCGAUAUUUUCUAAUAUCAGAUUUCAUUAUUUUUCAACUUUUCAAUUACACUGCAGCCAUCUUGGUUUAACUUUAUAAAUGAUCCCGAAUUAGAUCAUUAUGAUCUCAAAAGUCGGUCAUUCACUCCGGCCGAUCAAAAUGCUCUUGAAUUCGUGUUCAUUUUUGUUGCAUAUCAAAAUUAUAUUGAUUUUGGUAUCAUUUUGAACACUUUUUUAAUGUGUAGUACAUGAUCCUGCAAAGGAAUCUGUACAUAGAAAUCUUCAAAUAAUUCAGUAUAGGUUCUUGUAUAGGUUUCUUUCCGAAGUACCCUGUGUGUAAAAAAAUUAAGGAAGUCUUUAAGACGUCUUUAGGACACCUUUAGGACAUCUUAAUGACAUCUUUAGGACAUCUUAAGGACAUCUUAAGGACAUCUUUAGUGCAUUAGACCUCUUAGAGACGUUAAUUAGACUAAAAAAAGACGUCAUAAGAACGUUUCAACGACGUUUUUAGGAUGUUCAUGAUAUUGUGCCCAACUGUGCUGACAUUGGACGUCAUAUGAUGAAGUGCUAUGAAGAAAUAAAUAAAACAAUACAUUCAAGUAACACAGAAUGCUCUAAAUUUUGUUUGCCACACAAAUAUUGAAAUCAUUUACAAGAAAAGCAUAUUAUCAGUUUGUUUCUAAACUUAUAUCAAUAUGCAUUUCAUAAUAUUCUUGAAAAAAUUAGAAAAUAUUUCUCAAUAUUUCAGAUGUACGACAUCGUUACGACAUAUUUACGACAUCUUUACGACAACUUUACGACAUCCUAUGUCCAUGUCGUUAAGUCAUCUUUACGAUAUUGUAAAUAUGUCGUAUGAUCUGACGAUGUCUUUACGAUAUCGUAAAGGCACUGUAACGAUAUGGAUAUAGGAUGACGUAAAGUUGUCGUAAAGCUGUCGUAACGAUGUCGUAACGAUGUCGUAAAGACGUCGCCAAAUUUUGUGCCCACUGGGAAGAAUUUAGACGA